GGCGGCGUUGUGCGAGCUUGGUCGCUUCGGCGGUGGGAGUCAUGGCUGCUCGCCGAGCUCUGCACUUCGUAUUCAAAGUGGGAAACCGUUCCCAGACGGCGCGUUUCUUUCGGGAUGUCCUGGGGAUGAAGGUUCUUCGGCAUGAAGAAUUUGAAGAAGGCUGCAAAGCUACUUGUAAUGGGCCUUAUGAUGGGAAGUGGAGUAAAACAAUGGUAGGAUUUGGGCCUGAGGACGAUCAUUUUGUUGCAGAACUAACAUACAAUUAUGGCAUUGGCAACUACAAACUUGGCAAUGACUUCAUGGGAAUCACAAUUGCUUCUAGCCAGGCUGUCAACAAUGCCAGGAAACUGGAGUGGCCCCUCAGUGAAGUUGAAGAAGGAGUUUUUGAAACUAAGGCCCCAGGAGGAUAUAAGUUCUAUUUGCAGAAUCAAAGUCUCCCUCAGUCAGACCCAGUAUUAAAAGUAACUCUAGCAGUGUCUGACCUUCAGAAGUCCUUGAACUAUUGGUCUAAUCUACUGGGAAUGAAAAUUUAUGAACAAGAUGAGGAGAAGCAAAGGGCUUUGCUAGGUUAUGCUGAUAAUCAGUGUAAGCUGGAGCUUCAGGGCAUCAAGGGUGCAGUGGAUCACGCAGCAGCCUUUGGAAGAAUUGCCUUUUCCUGUCCCCAGAAAGAGUUGCCAGAUUUAGAGGACUUGAUGAAAAGGGAGAAGCAGAAGAUCCUGACUCCUUUGGUGAGUCUGGACACCCCAGGCAAGGCAACUGUACAAGUAGUCAUUCUGGCUGACCCUGAUGGACAUGAAAUUUGCUUUGUUGGUGAUGAAGCUUUUCGAGAACUUUCUAAGAUGGAUCCAGAAGGGAGCAAAUUACUGGAUGAUGCAAUGGCAGCAGAUAAAAGUGAUGAGUGGUUUGCUACCAGAAAGAAACCAAAAGCUUCAGCUUAAUGGAAUACCUCAUAUAGAGCAAUGAUUCUUGUUCAGCAUCUGUGAGAGCUGAUGUGCCCAUUUACAAUAAAUGCUCUUACCACUCUGCUAUGUCCUGUGUAAGCAAGGAGACCUGGAUGGGGAAGACAUGUAUUUCAACCUUUGAAAAACCUCUGGUAUACUUUAGAAAUGAAAUCGAAUUAUCAUCACUCUAGAUAAAGGAGAAUUUUUGUUGUAAGCU